AUGACGAAUUCUAACGAGGUAGAGAAUCGCAGAAACAGCGCCGGCGUCGCCACAAAACCAACGAAGAAGAUCAACAGAGAGGAGAAAGGCGAGUCCUCCUUGAUUUCCUCGUUCGAGUGCCAAAUCUGCACUGAGACUAAAACCGAAGCGGAAUCUUUCACCAUAAGCGGUUGCACCCACUCGUAUUGUACGGAUUGCGUGGUGAAGUACGUUUGUUCUAAGCUUGACGACAACGUGAUCAAUAUCCGGUGUCCGGUGCCCCGAUGCUGUGGUCUAUUGGAAACCAAUGGUUGCCGCGAGAUUCUGCCAAAGUCGGUAUUGCAUCGGUGGGAGAAGUCAUUGCAUGAAGCUGCUGUUCUUGAGAGCGAGAGCAAGAGAUUCCUGUAUUCCUGCAAGAGAUUCCUGUUUUCUUGGAUUCAUAGGCAGAUGUGCCUCACGUGCAUGGAUGAAGAUAGAGUGAUGAUGAAGUUUGCGGAGAGGAACGGGUGGAAGAGGUGCCCAAAGUGUAGGUUCUACGUUGAGAAGGAUCCUUUCACGUGCAAUAGAAUAGUUUGCAGGUGUAAAUAUGUCUUCUGCUACGUCUUCCAACAUGGGCUGUUGCUUGACGACAACGUGAUCAAUAUCCGGUGUCCGGUGCCCCGAUGCUGUGGUCUAUUGGAAACCAAUGGUUGCCGCGAGAUUCUGCCAAAGUCGGUAUUGCAUCGGUGGGAGAAGUCAUUGCGUGAAGCUGCUGUUCUUGAGAACGAGAGCAAGAGAUUCCUGUAUUCCCGCCCUAGGCAGAUGUGCGUCACGUGCACGGAUGAAGAUAGAGUGAUGAUGAAGUUAGCGGAGAGGAACGGCUGGAAGAGGUGCCCAAAGUGCAGGUUCUACAUUGAGAAGAAAACUUUCACGUGCAAUAGAAUACUUUGCAGGUGUGGACAUGUCUUCUGCUACGGCUGUGGCGGUUCCACCUGUGUCUGUGGCCGUCUUCCAACAUGGGCUGUUGGUCUGUUAAUUCUAUUUGGAUUUAUCAUUCUUUUCCUAUAUUUGGAUGAAAUCCAUGAAAACCAUGUCCAUCGAUGA